AUUGGGAGGAGCGCUAUUUGAAUGCUGUCGUCUGUUUGUUUUCGCUAGUCAAGGACUUUGUGAAACGUGUCUGUUGUGUCCUGGUUGUUGCUGAAGUUAAAAUGUCGUCUGUGGACGUUCGUGUUACGCAGCUGCCAGCCGCAGGGAACAACCUGAAGACCGGGAAAGCUGCCGCGGCUCCGAGGAGAGCGGCUCUCGGAGAGAUAACCAACUUUAAGGCCCCGACGGUCAGCGUAAAGGGGACAGGACAAACCAAAGUCUCAGCCAAACCAUCCUGUGCCCAAAGAACCAAACCCGUACAUGUAGUGGCUCCUAUAGUCCAGGUCCAAGCAGCUGCAGCUCCUCUCCCUUCGGUUUCAGAGGAGUCUGUGGUCAACGUGUCCAUGAAGGAGGAGACUGAGCUGUGCCAGGCUUUUUCUGAGGCACUGCUCACCAUACAGGACGUGGAUGAGCAAGAUGUAGACCAGCCGCAACUCUGCUCAGACUACGUCAAAGAUAUCUACAAGUAUCUGCAUGUCUUGGAGGUGCAGCAGGCAAUACGAAGCAACUACAUGCAAGGCUACGAAAUCACUGAGCGCAUGCGAGCGCUUCUCAUUGACUGGCUGGUCCAGGUUCACUCCAGGUUCCAGCUGCUGCAGGAGACUCUGUACCUCACUGUUGCCAUCCUGGACCGUUUUCUUCAGGUCCAGCCAGUGUCUCGCAGGAAGCUGCAACUUGUUGGCGUGACCGCCAUGCUGGUGGCCUGUAAAUAUGAGGAGAUGUACUCUCCAGAGGUGGGAGACUUUGCCUACAUCACAGACAAUGCCUUUACAAAGUCUCAGAUUCUGGAGAUGGAACAGCAGAUUCUGAGGAGCCUCAAAUUUCAGCUUGGGCGUCCUCUCCCUCUACACUUCCUCAGACGAGCUUCCAAAGUGGCAAAUUCUGAUGUGGAGAGACACACACUGGCCAAGUACCUGAUGGAGCUGACCCUGCUUGACUACAACAUGGUGCACUACCGGCCCUCUGAGAUUGCUGCUGCUUCUCUCUGCCUCUCCCAGCUGCUGCUGGAUGGCUUGCCCUGGUCUCCCACGCAGCAGCACUACUCUACCUACGAUGAGCCCCACCUGAAGCCCAUCAUGCAGCACAUUGCAAAAAAUAUUGUGAUGGUAAAUGAAGGCAAAACAAAGUUCCAGGCUGUGAGAAACAAGUACUCAAGCAGCAAGCUGCUCAAGAUCAGUCUCAUUCCUCAGCUGAAGUCCUCCAUUGUCAAGAACAUGGCAGCACCUCUGCAGAAUCCCUGAGAUGACUUUUUUCUUUUUUUUUUUUUUUUAAAUUCUUGUUGGACACUUGAUUUGCACUUUAUUUUAUAUUCUUGAGGCUUUCAUUGCAACCUGUGAAAAUGCUGCGUUCAACUCCGCUUUGGGACGAGGCAUCAGUUUUGCAGCAUUGUUGAACCACACUCACGACUUGGAUGAAACUGCUAAUUGAUCAAAACCUCUGUGGAGACUUUUAAUAAAGGUUUUUUUAUAACUUU